GGCCAGCCGCCAGCCGCCAGAAAGAUCCUCCCUCCGUAGGCGGCGGCGGCGGCGCCCCAUCUGGAGAGGACAAAACGUCGGAGUAAAGAUCUGAUCUCGCGAGCGGAUACGUGGAAUCCUCCUAUCCUGCGAGGCCGAGUGGCAGAAAUCGGCAUCGAUCGUCCAACUUGCUGCCUCGCCCGUUUUCGGUGUUCAGGGGUUAUCUGUUCAUCAUGAAGCAGCCGCUUUUGGACCACGCAACUCCUUCCUCAUCCGAGGCAACAGGCACUAAAUCACUCUUCACAGAUGCUGGAUGGUUCAGCAUCAUCACUUUUUCUUGGAUGGGCCCCUUACUUGAUCUCGGCAGAAAGAAAACUCUAGAUCUCGACGAUGUGCCCUUCUUGGAUGACAGGGACAGUGUCCAUGGGGUCCUCCCUAGUUUCAAGGCAAAGAUUGUGUCAAACUCUGCGACGGGCCAGUUCACCGACGCUACGGCGGCCAAGCUUGCCAAAGCUAUUGUGCUUACAACAUGGAAACCGAUCCUCGUCACUGCCGUCUACGCCCUACUCAGCAGUGUUGCUUCAUAUGUCGGUCUCUACCUGAUCGAGUACUUUGUCGACUACCUGAAUAAGAGCUCAAGGUCCAGCAGAGAGGGCUACGUUCUAGCAUUGACGUUUGUUGUCGCGCAGCUGAUCGAAGGUCUUUCGACGAGGCAUUUGCAGUUUAGAUCAAAACAAGUAGGGGUGCGUGCACGUUCGUCGCUUGUCGCUGCUAUCUACUCCCUCCGUUCCUAAAUAUUUGUCUUUCUAGACAUUUCAAAUGACUACU